CUGCCGACAGUGUCAGUGCGGCGCGCGGGGGCGCAAACCGCCAUUCCUAGCGUUGGCGCCACAGUCAUUGCGAAGGUGGCGAGGGUGACGCCACGAGCAGCCAUGGCGGACAUAGUGUGUGUGGGCGCACACGCCGUCACGGACAAGUUCUCAGGCAUCAUCAGGCAGCAGGACGUGAGAGCCACGGAGAUAGACAAGGUGGAUCUGCUGGCGUCGUAUCGCCCUGGUGACCUUAUUCGAGCUCAAGUGCUCUCGCUGGGAGACUCACGCGCCUAUUUCCUCUCCACAGCCAAGAACGACUUGGGGGUUAUACUGGCCAAAGGGGUCGCAG